UAAAAAAAAAAAUUGCAUCAUUUUCAAGCUUUAAAAUCAUUACAGUGUCUGGUAGUUUCCGCUUCAGCUGCGCGCGCUCCCGUCACGGGCAUGUGCGCAGGCACACAAAAGUCGCCGUAACACCGGGAGCGGUCUCCUCCAGCGAAUUCCUCCGAAUGGUGCUGCUCCUGGCCACGCCCCCUCCUCCCUCUGUCAGCCAAUGAGCUCCACGCUGGGAACACGCGUUUUUACGCCACAGUGAAGCGGAGAACUCGGAGCCAGUUUGUGAUUACCUGUCAUUCACAGUGAGUGACUCCGACACCAUGAGUCUCCGUGUGUUAGAGAUCAUCUUCUUCUUCUACUUCGCCUCUCACAUCCCCAUCACGUUGUGCAUUGACCUCCAGGCGCUGCUGCCCGGACAUGUGUACCCACAGCCGCUGAGGGAUCUCCUGCGGUGGUACGGUGAGGCGUUCAAAGACCCCAUGGUCCUGGAUCCUCCUCAGUGGUUCAGGUCCUUCAUCCUGUGUGAGGCUCUGUUUCAGACGCCUUUCUUUCCCGUCGCAGCUUACGCUUUUCUGAAAGGUGGCUGUAAGUGGAUCAGGACUCCUGCCAUCAUCUAUUCCACCCAUGUGGCCACCACGCUGGUCCCGAUCCUGGCCCACGUCCUCUUCCACCAGUUCCCUAUGAAGCCUCACCCCGGGCCCCAGACCCUGCAGGAGCGCUGGCUGCUGGUCUCCAUAUAUGCUCCCUACCUGCUGGUCCCUGUGCUGCUGCUCCUCACCAUGCUGCUGUCCUCCACAUACAGCACCACCUCCACAUCUGGACAAACAUCAGCCAAGAGCAAGAAGAAGAACUGAGACAUCUCCAGACUGCACCUGUUUCAUUUUUUCUGAUUUUAGAGGAUAUUUUUCUACAUUUCUGAAUGUAUGUGACACAUGCAUCUGAAGUGAGUGUGAGUCCUACUGCAGAACACUAUUAUUGUUGGGGAGACAUUCCCACUGUUAAACCAUCCAGAAUGAACACUUUUAAUGAGUGAACCCUGGUUUGUUGUGUUUUUAUCAGGAAGUCACAUUAAAACAUUUAGAAAGGUUAAAGUAAAAAUGUGUCUCUCUGUAAAGGUUUUGUCACUGUUGCUGCUAGUCAUGUUUUCCACCACCAGAGGGCGUCAUAUCUAAACACAGUGUGCACACCUGAGAAUACAGUUGAGCAAUAAACUCACUCCCCUGUAUGUUUUAGAUAUAUAUGCUGUGUAGUCAUUAUCUACUCACAGCCUGAAUAAUGUUCUGACAUACACUGUGUUAUUUCUUUGUCAGAAUCAGGACCUGUGUUUUAUUUUUAACAUGUCACAACAUCCAAACUACAUUGAAAUACACCAUCAGGGCAGGUUGACAGACGUUUCCUCCUGUUCCACUUUAAUUCUCUUUGAUCAAAAAGAUUAAAAAAGUAAUAAUACAGUUGUAAAUAUAUGAAAUAUAAAUGAUAAAACUCAAGAGUUCCUUGGAUACAUUCAUGUAGUGUGUAUCCAAAUACACUCCAUAUUCAUUUAGAUCAUUUUAAUGAUUUGAACUAAAGUCAAGCUAAAACAGUUCCUCCAUUUUCAGACUCCUGUGCACACGAGUCAAACACCUUUGACCAAACAUGCAUAUUACUGUUACAUAAACAUACUGGUUAGGUCAUAUAUGAUGGAC